UGACAUCCCAUCCACAAUUCUAUUGUUGCUAUCUGAUAGACAACCAAUUAUCGAGACCCUCAUAAAUAUCUUGCAGUGUGCAUACCAUUUGACGCAUCAUGUCAUCCCGGAAGCCACAUUCUAAAUCACGUUUUGGUUGCUUGCCAUGCAAAAAGAGACAUAUAAAGUGCGGAGAAGAACAACCUUCAUGCCACAAUUGCAGCAAACGUCGCGUGUGUUGCACCUACGGACUAUCCCAGGCAACCGCUACUGGACAUGCUUCGCGAGCGAAUAGCGAAGAAAGAGCGCAUACGCAAGAUAGCCUGCUUCAAAUCCCCUUGACAUGCCAUUGCAUGCAGGAUCCGUUGAUCCAGACUCCUGCCAAGGUCACGAGGCUCCAGGAACUGCAGUUGAUAAUUCAUUAUACGACAACAACGUGCAAUAGUAUGGCACAUAACCUCGAUGACAUUGAAAUAUGGAGAAGAAUUGUUCCAGAGGAAGCCGUACGUCACGAAUUUCUCAUGGAUGGACUUCUCGCACUCUCCUCGCUUCAUCUCGCCGACGAAAGCCCAGAUUUGCGGUGGCAUUACACCGAGAUUGCCACUCACUACCACAGUUCCGGGUUACGAAAAUAUAGAGAUGCUUUAGAAAUGAUUUCCAGCGACAAUAGUAUCGCCAUCUUUGCAUUUUCCAUUAUUAUUACCAUUCUGGCGCUAGCAUUCCCAAGGUCAUGCUCCGUACCAACCCAUACUUCGCUCGCCGAAAGUAUGGUGAGCAUGUUUGAACUCCUCCGAGGAACGCGACUCAUAUCCCAAGGAACCGGUUCAUCUUUUCGAGAAGGAAAGCUUGCGGCACUCUUUCAGCCAAAUUCCCAGGACCCCGGAUUACCCACACCUAGCGGCGAUACUGAUCAUGCAUUAAUUAGACUCCGUGAGCGGGCGAAUAGCUUCAUCACAUUCGAAAACCCUGAGAGACACGAAGCCUAUCUCUCUGGUAUCGAGACCCUCAAGACAGCCUUUGGUCAAAUGGAAAUGUCCCGAUAUUACCUUGGCCCCGUUAUCGCCUGGCCGACAAUGGUCAGCGAGAAACUGUUCGCAUUGUUUAAAGACGAUGAUCCUAUGGCUAAGCUCAUCAUCAUUCAUUAUGGAGUACUACUGCUCUACGCUCGUGAUCGUUGGUGGGGGAGAGAUAUCGGAACGAGUCUCAUUGAGACUCUCGCCAAUUCACUGUGCGAUGCGGACCCGGCAUGGGCGAGUUGGACCGAGUGGGCAAGAGAGGCAGCUACGCUCGCAACUCAUGAGCCCGACCCGCCGCUGAUGCCGAGCGAUUUAUAGACCGAAAGGUGAAUGUCAGAAUAAAUCUUUAUCCUAACUUGACUCUAGAAGAAAUACGUAUGAGCUAGCGUGAGUCUAAACUUGAGAUGACCUUAACAGAAUAUGGCAGAGAUGAAUGGCCCGC